GCUAGUGCGCCGGGAACGCGGGGUCUGUAAGUGGAGAGUGCGGAGGGCUUGGCGCGCCUCGGAACCUCGGCGGGCUAUGGGGAAAAGGAAACAGUCAGAGGGGGGUGACCCCUUAGACCCACCUGUGUCCCCUCAACCCGGUGGUGAGCAGAGCAGGAGCCAGAGCCCAAUCCAGCUGGAGGACUCCCCUGAGGCAGGCAGGGAGCGUGAGGAGGAGCAGGAGCGAGAGGAGGAGCAGGCCUUCCUGGUCAGCCUCUACAAGUUCAUGAAGGAGCGACACACGCCCAUCGAGAGGCUGCCCCAUCUCGGCUUCAAGCAGAUUAACCUGUGGAAGAUCUACAAGGCAGUGGAGAAGCUGGGGGCCUAUGAGAUGGUGACUGGCCGCCGUCUCUGGAAGAAUGUGUAUGACGAGCUGGGGGGCAGCCCAGGCAGCACCAGUGCGGCCACGUGCACGCGCCGCCACUACGAGAGGCUUGUCCUUCCAUACGUGCGGCACCUGAAGGGGGAGGAUGACAAGCCGCUGCCUCCCUCCAAGCCCAGGAAGCAAUACAAAAUGGCUAAGGAGCCUCGAGGGGAUGAUGGGGCCACGGAAAGGCCGAAGAAGGCCAAGGAGGAGAAGCCAGUGGGCCAGAUGAUUCCAGGAAAGACCAAGAUAGAUGCAGCCGAUCUGGUGAGGCCCCCCAGCCAAGAGCACCCCAAGGACAGCACUGAUCAGCCAGGCCCAGCUCCCAGGUCUUCUCUACCCUUCGUUGGUGCCAGCGGCUGCCCUGAGGCCUACAAGAGGCUCCUGUCCAGCUUUUACUGCAAAGGGACACAUGGUAUCAUGUCACCACUGGCCAAAAAGAAGCUCCUGGCUCAGGUGAGCCAGGCAGAAGCCUUGCAGUGCCAGGAGGAGAGCUGUCGCCACGGAGCAAGCAGCCCUAAUGGGGAGCCCCAGGUGUCCCCAGCUGCUCGCCCCCCAGAGAGUCCUCGGAGCCCAGGAGGGCCACCUGAGAACCACAGGCACCGGCUGGCCCCUCAGGAAGGAUCACAGGCCCCUGGUGGCAGCCUCAGGGAGGAGGCUCAGGAGGGCCCCCACCCACCAGCCCCCUUCUUCACUGGCUGUUUUCAUGCCUAUCCCACGAAGGUGCUGAAGCCUAUCAGCCAGCACCCCCGGGACUUCUUUCCCCAUCUCAAAGAUGGGGUGCUCUUGGGGCCUCCUGGCAAAGAGGAGGGGCUGCCAGUCAAAGAGCCGCCACUGGUGUGGGGUGGGGAUAUCAACCGUCCCUCUGCAUUCCACAAAGGUGGCUCCAGAAAAGGCAACCUUUACCCCAAGCCCAAAGCCUGCUGGGUGUCCCCCAUGGCCAAGGUUCCUACUGAGAGCCCUGUGCCCCUCCCCACUUUCCCUGGCAGCCCAGGCCUCAGCAAGCGCAGCCGGGAGGAAGAGGGCUUUGCCCCUGGUAGCAAAAAACUGCGGGCAGUGUCUCCCUUUCUCAAGGAAAUGGAUGCCAAAGAGUGUGGGGUCAAGUCCAUGGGGCCGGGCUUGGCUGUCUCCUGCUUGCUGGGCCCGGCCCUGGGGCCUGCCCUCCCGGAGGCCUACAGGGGCACCAUGCUGCGCUGCCCACUGAACUUCACCAGCACCCCAGACCCUUUAAAAGGCCAGGCCACGCUCCCCUUCAGCCCCCUGGUCAUCCCAGCCUUCCCAGCUCACUUCCUCGCCACAACAGCCCCCUCGCCCAUGGCCACUGGCCUUAUGCACUUUCCCCCAGCAUCUUUCGACAGUGCCCUCCGCCACAGACUCUGCCCGGCCUCAUCUGCUGCGUGGCACAUACCGCCUGCCGCAACCUACGCAGCACCCCACUUCUCUUUCCACCUUAACACCAAGCUAUAGGUCGGAGCCUGCUAUUCUGUGAAGAAUAUGUCACAGCCCAAAAGGCACUGCCAGGGGACCCUGCGCUGGAAGCCUGUUCUGCAAGAGAGCUUGUCUGUGCCCAAUGCAGGAAUGGGCCCUUGGUCCGGCAGCCUGACGCCAAGGGAGGCAGUGGGAAAACUGGGUUUGUCUCACAGUAGCAGCCUGAGCCUGGGGGCUGGGGAUCCAGCUGUAGGAAGGCCUUGUGAGAAGACAGUGCAGGGCUGGCAUCUCCGAGCUGGGGCCCCCAGAGCAGAGGCCAGUAAUGGGGUGAGGGGCUGAGAAGCCCGAUAGCUGCUUGAGACAUCCAAGUGCCCACAGAAAAGCCAAUAAAAUGCCAGCGUGAGUCCACUUGCCCUGAGGUGUACGUGGUGUGAUCUUCCCGAGGGCUG